AUGGUUUUCUCAACAAUCGAUUAUAUCGCUCAACCGAAAAUCUUUAUUGGCAAAAGAACUUUUAUCAUCGGAACACUCUUAAAGUUCCACUCGAAGUCCUCUAUGAUUUAUAUGGUUAGCAUUCUCUGCGGCUCAUUUGGUAGUACAAUCUCAAUCUUUGUUCUACACUUCAUGUUCCGAUUUUUCGCGCUAGAACGUCGUGGUCGUCUUUACUAUUUCAAGGGCAAAUAUCUGGCUUGGUGGUUCAUUUUUCCAUUUUUCCCCGGAUGUUUUUGGGGCUAUAUCACCUAUCUUUUCCUACAACCAAAUGAUUUAACAAGUUCUAUUGUUCUCGAUAUAAUUUCGCCUUUAAAUCUCGAUGACUACAGUUAUAUCAGCGCUACAUAUUUUCUACCUUCUGGAGAAUUGAAUUUGUCUCAGUUUUUGACUAUGUUUAUUCUGAUGAACCUGAUGGUAAGUAUGCACGGGGUUUUGCUGCGAUACCUUUUUUGUCUCGCGUCUCUUCUGCGCUCACAUGUUAAUUUUACUCUCUCGUGUUCGCUGUGCGGCUGUGCGUCGCGGUCGGGAAGCAAAAGGACACAUUGAUCGUUUCCCGACCGCAACGCACAGCCGCACGCGACUCACGAAGUUCGUUCGAAGUUUACUGGUUUUAUGAGACUUAAAACUUUCAGCUGAUCACAAUUCUGACAGUUGCAUACUUCGCAAUCGGAAGUUAUCGCCUCAUAAACCGCAUCCUGAAAGACGGAGAAAGUGAAUACAGCCGAAAACUACAAAAACAAUUAUUUCUGGCGUUGGUUUGUCAAGCAAUAAUUCCAUCAAUUCUAAUGUACAUUCCCGUUGGAUCCUUAUGUAUUCUCCCAUUUUUCGAUAUCACAAUCCCAAAUCUAUCCACAAUUGUAACUGCAACUUAUGCUCUUUAUCCAGCUUUCGAUCCAUUACCUUUGAUUAUAAUUGUUGACAGUUAUCGAAAUGUUGUGAGAAGAUCUGUUUUCAGAAUCAGGCCGAUGUGUACUGGGAUUCAGGGGCGGAAAGUUCAACCGGUACCAGACAUCAUUUCGUAG